AUUCAGGUGAGCACUUGGGAGUUAAUCCCCGGCUACAAAAGACCUCGUUCGUGAUCUUAACUACACACCUUGGCCCCCAUAGUGAGAUAAUAACUGACGCAAUACUUUUAUCACUCCUUCAAGUGCGAUGAUGAACUAAGGAAGACAUUUGUAAGAAGGGCAGGUGAACUGUUUCAAGAGUUGUUCCCAGGUUUGCCGGCCUUAGAGUUCACACCCCCGGCGGUGUUUCAAGACAUGACAGACUGUGUGAGCCGUUUGUUUAACUUUGUGCGGCUCGACGAUGACAUCUUCCCGCCCAAGAACCGCCAUUUUACCGCCGUCUAUUCCAGGGAUAAAGAUUAUUUAUUCGAAAUAUGCGAGGAAUUCUUCACUUCAGCUAUUCGUGCUCGCAUCGUUGACUUCAUCCUGAGGCGAAAGAGAUUCAAGAGCAACGACACAGACGACUUUGCUUUUGGCAUCGAGAAACUACUGAACGAAGGGGUGUAUGCAGCUGCCUACCCUAUACAUGAGGGCGAUCUACGAACGGAGGGAAACGAACGCUCGCUACUCUUCAGCCAAUGGGCAGCGGUGAGGAACUUCUACAAAUACCAGCCGCUCGAUUACGUCAAGGACUACUUUGGGGUCAAGAUCGGGCUCUAUUUCGCCUGGCUGGGGUUCUAUACGUACAUGUUGAUACCUGCGUCAAUCGUGGGUCUGCUUUGUUUUUUUUACGCCGUGGCAACGAUCAAUAAUCAUCCUCCGAGUCACGACAUCUGCUCAAAGAACAUCACCAUGUGCCCUCUGUGUGAUCACUUCUGUAACUACUGGAGCCUACAGGAGACUUGCUUUCAUGCUCGGUUUACCUACUUGGUGGAUAACCCGGCCACCAUCUUCUUCACGGCCUUUAUGUCUCUGUGGGCGGCGUUGUUCCUGGAGAUGUGGAAGCGUUACUCUGCCGAGAUCACUCAUCGGUGGGACCUGACGGGCUUCGACAUACAGGAGGAGCACCCCAGGCCUCAGUACCUGGCCCGGCUCUCACACAUCAAGAAGAAAACAGUCAACAUCGUCACGAAGACCCUCGAACCCAGGCCCCCGUUCUGGAGGAUGAGAGUUCCCGGAGUUAUGAUUAGUUUAUCGUCUGUGUUCCUAUUGGUGACAAUGGCCCUCGUAGCAGUCAUGGGGGUGAUUCUGUACCGCAUGUCCAUCUUGGCCGCCCUAAGCAUCCACGGAGACUCGGUGAUCACGUCGUACGCGAUAAUCUUCACCUCCACCACCGCUGCGUUCAUUAACCUCAUCUGCAUCAUGAUCUUUAACCAGAUAUAUGCGAGAGUAGCCGAGUACCUGACAGAGUUGGAACUACAGAGAACGCAGACGGAAUUCGACGAUUCUCUCACCCUCAAGAUCUACUUGUUGCAGUUUAUUAAUUACUAUUCCUCGAUAUUCUACAUAGCAUUCUUUAAGGGCAAGAUGGUGGGCUACCCCGGCGAUUAUAACAGGGUCCUCGGCUCGCGUCAAGAGGAAUGUUCGCCCGGUGGAUGUCUCCUGGAGUUGUCCGUUCAGCUGGCUAUCAUCAUGGUGGGCAAACAGGCCAUGAACACCUGUAUGGAGAUGUUUAUCCCUCUGCUGUGGAAGUGGUACAAUAUGCUGACCGUGCCGGAACAUCAGCGCGAGGCUCACAACCGCUGGCCGCGUUGGGCGAAGGAUUUCCGUCUGGUCAACUUCGAUCCCCGCGGCCUCUUCCCCGAAUACCUGGAGAUGGUGUUACAGUACGGCUUCGUAACGAUCUUCGUGUCAUCGUUCCCGCUGGCUCCUUUCUUCGCCUUCCUCAACAAUGUGUUCGAGAUGCGCCUCGAUGCCAAGAAGCUCCUGACGCAUUUCCGGCGGCCGAUACCCCAGCGGGUUAAAGACAUCGGCAUUUGGUUCAAGAUCCUCGACUCCAUCGGAAAAUUCGCCGUCAUCACCAAUGCAUUCAUCAUCGCGUUCACCUCCAACUUCAUCCCAGAACUCGUCUACCGUCACGUGGUGUCCGACAACAACUCCCUAGAGGGGUUCCUGAACCACUCUCUGGCGUACUUCGACGUCAACGACUACCCAGAAAAAUAUCGGCCAAGCUUUAUUAACGGCACAAUGUCUUGCAGGUACCCAGAUUAUCGUAACCCACCGGGGACUCUUGAAGAAUACAAAUAUGCACCAAUAUUCUGGCAUAUUCUCGCGGCAAGGCUGGCAUUCGUUGUUGUAUUCGAGAAUGUGGUGUGCGUGAUUAUAAUGUUCAUCAAAUGGAUAAUCCCCGAUAUGCCUUUCCGACUACAGGAACAAAUCCGCAGAGAAGCGUACGUCACCAAUGAACUGAUCGUGGAACAAGAGUUACGUCGGGCUCGAGGAGACACGGAAAAUACCUCCAGUUCCUCUCCCGUGCGGUCGCCACUACGUCGGAUGUACUCGGAGCCGGCGAGAUCGAAGAACGGCCACGACGUCAGAUUCCGUAUAAAUGGCGACAACGAAGAAUUCCCCACUAGUGUCUGAGUGUGAGGGCCGAGAUCACAAGUGCCUGAAGGUUGAAACAAAGCCCAUGUGGUGUAGUGGGGGGCAGGGGGGUGUAGCCCAGACCGUGGACUACGAUAAUACUUGUUAAUUAUAGCCUUGUACGGAUCGCCUGAACAUUAGCACCCACCCACCCACCCCACCUCACCCACCCUACCCACCCAGAUAGUUCAGGGUGGUUAAACUAGCAUGGGAGGGGGACUCUACAGGUGAGCACUUGGGGGUUAAUCUACAGGUGAG